AUGUCCAACCAUUAUUCCGAAAACUUUGUUCUGCGCAAGUCAACAGCCAUGGUUCAAGCUUUCCCCAUUUACUUGCCUCGGCAGCGGGAGCUCGUCGCAACCUGGAUCAUUCUGCCUUUACUGUCAACGUUUGUGGUCGGGCUUCGGUUUUACGCAAAAUCAAAAGCGAGAGGUCUUUAUGGCUGGAGUGACUGGAUGAUCAUUGUGUCUGCUAUCCUCACCAACAUCUUUUUCGUCCUUCUGCUUUUGAUGCUUCUGUACGGCGGCAUUGGCAUCCCCGGAUACCCGUAUUUAGAUGUUUCGGAGCCAACCGACGUCUCGUUGAUCCACGACCAGAUCGGUUAUGCCAACAACCUGGUCCUCGUGCUCGCGGUUUACUCGUGCAAAGCCUCGAUCCUGUUCCUAUACCAUCGCGUCUUCGCCGGGUACAAUGGCCCAAUGACUAUCUUGAUAUACGUGGCAUCGGGCAUCACUAUCGGAUGCUUCGUAGGCAGCCUCGUCGGUUAUCUCGCAGUCGUACAGCCAAUCGAGAAAUGGUGGGCUUGGGCUGAUGCCACGGAGGCGCAAUUCGAAGCCAUGGCGAACAUCAAUAUUGCCUAUGACAGCCUGACGGUCUUCACGGACUUCCUGAUCUUUGUCCUCCCGCUCAAGGCAAUUUGGGGCUUGAAUAUGAACCGUGGGAAACGGAUUGGCAUUAUUGUAUCCUUUUGCUUUGGUUUCAUCACCUGUUUUAUUUCCCUUGCCCGUGUCGUCUUCACGCAUGGGUAUCAGUGGAAAAACCUUUACGACGAAGGCACCGUGUGGUCCCUCGCAGGCGUCGAGCCAGUGGCAGGAAUCAUCUGCGCGUGUCUCCCUGGCCUGCGUCCGCUACUCCCGAAGACCUUUAUGUCGUCUUACGGCACUCCGGCGACUGGACCCAGCAGGUUCAAGACAACGGGCACUACGGCGAAUGAGAAUGCCAAAAAGAGCAUCAAUAAGGACGGCAACCCGUUCACGGCCCUGAAUGACGAUAGCUCGGUGACACAUUUCCGCCACUCCGUCAGACAGGUCCCUUCGGAAGUGAGCGAUGAUUAUAUCGAGCUCGACGAACGACACGAAGAAAGCCGCCCCAAGGCUUUUGAUGCCUAGCAAGGAACUAUCGGGCAAUACGUUGAGCCAUCCCAAUGUGCCGCGACUCGUGGUGAUUGUAUCAAUAAGGAUUAGGAUGGGCGGUCCAUGGAUGAUAGAACAGCGUGGCGACGUUUUUAUGAGCGAUCGGUCUCUUAUCAACUUUUUAUAGCGUGCCUUGAGUUGAAUUAUUGCAAUCCCCUUUUAUGGAUACAUA